AUGGGUUUUGAUUUGGGCCAAUACCUUUUAGAUCAAUGGAGAAAACGUUACGAAUUCGUAGAGGAACCUAGUGAGUCUGAAAGAUUGAUCUUGUCUAGUGGGUUUCAAGAGAUGUUGCGUAAGUUAUUGGUAGAAGCUCAAUCGAACGCUCAUAGAGAUGGUUUCAACGAAGUGAGACCUGCUCAUCUGGAGGCUGCACUAGACGAACUUUUGGAUGCUUAA